GAGUUGGUAAACAGAUCCGGAGCGCGUGUCGGUCGCCAGCACUACGGCCGGCGCGCGGAGGGCGCGCGAAGGUGACCGCAGACCCAGCUUCCUGCAGCCGGCCCUGGAGCAUGGCUGCAAUGUUGGGAGAUGCCAUCAUGCUAGCCAAAGGCCUCGUCAAACUGACCCGGGUGGCCCUGGAGACCCACCUGCAGCACUUGGGCCUCGGUGGGGAGCUCAUCCUGGCAGCCAGGGCCCUGCAGUCCACGGCUAUGGAACAGAUUGGCAUGGUCUUUGGGACAGUACAGGGCCAGACUGCACAUGACGAAUCUUCCACCAGUGCUGAGAGCUUCGAUGACCUGGAAGCAGAGCUGCACUUCUCAGGGGCACAGGCAGCAGGGGCCUCUGGGAACUUCUCUGAAGCCUCCACCCUCGACCCGCUAGCUCCAUCGCUGAAUCCUGCCCACAGUGAGGGCCCGGCUCCUGCUUACGUUGCCAGUGGACCCUUCAAGGAUGCUGGGCUCCCGGGCCAGGGCAGAGUCAACGGGAGGCUCUUCACAGACCCUAGAGACUCCUUCUCUGCCAUGGGCAUUCAUCGAAGGUUCUUCCACCAGGACCAGUCCCCUGUGGGGGGCCUCACAGCUGAGGACAUUGAGAAGGCCCGGCAGGCCAAGGCUCGCCCCGAGAACAAGCCAUACAAGCAGAUGCUCAGUGAGCGGGCUCGGGAGCGGAAGGUGCCAGUUACACGACUCGGGCGGCUGGCCAACUUUGGAGGUCUGGCCGUGGGGCUGGGCUUUGGGGCCCUGGCCGAAGUUGCCAAGAAGAGCCUGCGUCCUGAGGACCCCACAGGAAAGAAGGCUGUGCUGGACUCGAGCCCCUUCCUGUCGGAGGCGAAUGCAGAGCGCAUCGUGAGCACGCUGUGCAAGGUGCGUGGAGCGGCGCUCAAGCUGGGCCAGAUGCUGAGCAUCCAGGAUGACGCCUUCAUCAAUCCCCACCUGGCCAAGAUCUUUGAGCGUGUGCGGCAGAGUGCCGACUUCAUGCCGCUGAAACAGAUGACAAAAACUCUGAACAAUGACCUGGGCCCCAACUGGCGGGACAAGCUGGAGUACUUUGAGGAGCGGCCCUUUGCAGCAGCCUCCAUUGGGCAGGUGCACCUGGCCCGCAUGAAGGGUGGCCGAGAGGUGGCCAUGAAGAUCCAAUACCCUGGUGUGGCCCAGAGCAUCAACAGCGAUGUCAACAACCUCAUGACUGUGCUGAACAUGAGCAACAUGCUUCCAGAAGGCCUGUUCCCUGAGCACCUGAUAGAUGUGCUGCGCCGGGAGCUGGCCCUGGAGUGUGACUACGAGCGGGAGGCUGCCUGUGCCAGGAAGUUCAGGGAGCUGUUGAAGGAUCACCCUUUCUUCUACGUGCCUGAGAUCGUGGACGAGCUCUGCAGUCCCCACGUGCUCACCACAGAGCUGGUGUCCGGCUUCCCCCUGGACCAGGCCGAAGGACUGAGUCAGGAGAUUCGGAAUGAGAUCUGCUACAACAUCCUGGUUCUGUGCCUGAGGGAGCUGUUUGAGUUCCACUUCAUGCAGACAGACCCCAACUGGUCCAACUUCUUCUAUGACCCUCAGCAGCACAAGGUGGCUCUUCUGGACUUUGGGGCAACCAGAGAAUAUGACAGGUCCUUCACUGACAUCUACAUUCAGAUCAUCAGGGCUGCUGCAGACAGGGACAGAGAGGCUGUGCUCAAGAAAUCCAUAGAGAUGAAGUUCCUCACUGGCUAUGAGGUCAAGGCCAUGGAAGAUGCCCACUUGGAUGCCAUUCUCAUCCUGGGGGAGGCCUUUGCCUCGGAUGAGCCCUUUGAUUUUGGCACCCAGAGCACCACCGAGAAGAUUCACAACCUGAUUCCUGUUAUGCUGAAGCACCGUCUGAUCCCACCCCCAGAGGAGACCUACUCCCUGCACAGGAAGAUGGGUGGCUCCUUCCUCAUCUGCUCCAAGCUGAAGGCCCGCUUCCCCUGCAAAGCUAUGUUUGAGGAGGCCUACGGCAACUACUGCAGGAGGAAGGCUGAGCAGCAGUAGCCUCUGGCGGUGGGGCUCUCCUGCGCAAAGCUUAACACUAGUAGCAGGUGGCGCAAUGCUCCCAGCGAGAAAGGGAGGCUUCCUGAAGCCCCCAGUGCCAGCGAUAUACACGGUUUUCACUGCUAAAUGUGUGUAGGGUAAGAAGUACAAAGAAGUACAAGAAUGAUAAUGAACUCCCACUAUGUCAAAACCUGUGUGUGUUUUUUCCCCUCUGAACUCUAGGUAAGAAGGCAAUUUUAUUUUCUUCUUUUUCCUAAAGUGAAUGUUAACCAGGAGUCAGAGGACUGCCUCCCCCCACACCCCUGCCACCAAAA